AAUCUACUGCUCGAACCUGACAAUAUCCCGCAUCGACAUGUUUUGCUUUCUAAAUGGUCGUUUUUUAAAUCGCGAUCAAUCGCCACACGCCAGAGAUCCGACGCGGGGGCGGAAUACUUCAUGACGGGAUACACAUGCAAUACUGGUUAAAAACUGGUGACUGGUGAAACACGUGAAAAAAAGAUGGUGAGCUCAGAUCAAACAAGUUUUGGAGCCCCGCUGCGAUCUAGACGCGGAACCCAGGUUAGGAACCACUGGUUUAGAUAACCAUGCACCCAGGACAGGUUCACGGUGUCAGGGCUGCAGAAGAGAAACAUGCAGCUCCGCAGAAGUCGUUAUGUAAAAGACUCAUUAAAGACCGCUGCUCUUUGCAGACUCGUCCAGUCCACUGGGAUACAUACUGAUCUGUGGCCCAGCUCCUCCUCCCCGGAAUACAGACAUCCGGAUCCUUCAGGUUUGAAAUAAAUGAAAACAGUCCGCGAAUACAGGGAAAACAGAAGAGAUCACAAUGAGGCUCAUUUUUUGCUGCAGUGCUUUACUUCUGCUCAUCCUUAUCCCCAGAGCCUGUCAUGGUGGCAACAUCUUGGUCUUGCCUGUUGAAGGCAGUCACUGGAUAAACAUGGAUAUUCUUCUUCAAGCUUUACACUCCAGAGGACACAAUAUAACUAUUUUGCGUUCAAGCAAAAGCUGGUACAUCAAGGAAAACUCCCCUUAUUACAAUGUAAUUACAGUUCCAGCAGAGAGGAGCCUUGAUCAGAAGAUGAUCACAGAUAUGAUAACAACAAUUAUUGAGUAUGAGAGGGGCAGUCUGCCCUUGAUGACUUUUCUCCACAUGACUGUAGGGAUGUUUGGCUCAUUUGCUGAAGCACACAGAGCUGUGGCCAAAUUUGCAACAGCGAUCCUAGAUGAUAACGAAUUGAUGAGACACUUAAUGGACAGCAAGUUUGAUCUGCUACUCACUGACCCCUGCUGGGGUGGUGGAGUCGUCUUGGCCAAAUAUUUGAAGCUUCCUCUGGUUUAUAAUGUUCGCUGGCUAAUAGCUGGAGAGGCUCAUCUUGCCAUUGCUCCUUCACCCAUAUCCUAUAUUCCUAUUACAGGAUCUGGAAACACUGACAAGAUGAGCUUCUUUCAGAGAGUUAAAAACAUGGUUUUACAUCUAAUAACCCAAACACAAAAUCACAUAAUUAUCAAAGAAGUAUACCAGAAAUUAUGUGAUAAAUACCUUGGACCUGAUAAUGACUAUAACCAGCUGCAACUUGACGCUGACAUUUGGCUGAUGAGAGUGGACUUUGUGUUUGAUUAUCCUCGGCCCACCAUGCCUAACGUUGUGUACAUGGGAGGGUUCCAGUGUAAACCUGCUAAACCUCUACCUCAACACUUGGAGGACUUUGUUCAGAGUUCUGGAGAGCAUGGAGUCAUCAUCAUGUCUCUGGGGACUUAUGUGAAUAAACUUCCAGCUGAUUUGACAAAUGAGAUCGCUGCUUUUUUUGCUAAAUUACCUCAGAAAGUCAUCUGGAAGUAUGCUGGUGACAGACCAGCCACUCUGGGUAACAACACCUUAAUGGUUGACUGGAUGCCACAGAAUGAUCUUUUAGGACACCCUAAGAUCAAACUGUUUGUUGCUCAUGGAGGAACAAACGGAGUCCAAGAAGCUAUUUAUCAUGGAGUCCCAGUUGUUGGCAUCCCUGUGUUUUUUGACCAAUACGACAACCUGCUCCGUCUGAAAGACAGAGGAGGAGCGGAGAUUCUUACAUUAGCUACAUUGGACAAAGACGACAACUUCCUGAAGGCCUUACAGGAAGUCCUGAACGAGCCCUCCUACAGGAUGAACAUGCAGAGACUGUCCAGGCUACACAGAGAUCAGCCAAUAACACCAAUGGAGCGCGCCCUCUUCUGGAUAGAGUUUGUCAUGAGGCACAAAGGUGCAGCUCACCUGAAAGCAGAGUCGAUCAGGAUGCCCUGGUAUUCCUACUACUCUGUAGACGUAGCUCUCUUCUUGGGUGGAGCUAUGUUGCUCAUACUUUUAACCGUUUUCAUCUUUAUUAGGUGUUUAUUCACUGCAAUGUGUAAACGUAAAGUGAAACAUGACUAAUGAAUCAAGUCAAAUAAUCAUGAUCAAGAUAUAAUUUAUGUUCAUACAUAGGGAGGACUCUACGUUGAUGUAAUGUACAGUGACAUAUACAGGUGGAUAGGGUGUAUGUGUGUGUGUCUGUUUUGUGCAUGACUCCUGUUGGAGAUAACUGAUUUUCAGAUAUUAACUUGACUGUAAGGGUGAAAAGUGAAAAGGGUGAAAUGUGUGACACAAAUCAAUAGAAUACGCCUUGCAUCAAACAAAGCACCACUGAGCUUGGAGAUCUGGAGGUGUCAUUGAAAAAUCUCUAACACUAUUUAAAUGCUGUCAUACACAAUUGCAAUAAUACCUGUGUUUGUCAAAUGACAAUUACGUCUUGCUGUCUUCCGUCAAUGGCAGCUAAAAGCAGACUACAUACACUUUACUGCCAUGAUUCAAAACAGGAAAGUUGAACAUCCAAAAUAUAAUGCUCAGACAUCCGCAAACUGAAACGAAGUGUCCAAAACAAUCGGACUCCCUGCACAAAAUCUAACGGAUCUUAAUCAUAUGGCCAUCACACGCAUUCAUUGCAAACGUAAUAGAACAGGACCUCACACACAUUUCAUCCCACUCCCCUCAGGGACAGAUAUAGAGCACCAAGGUGCAGAAGGGCUCGUUUUGGAAAAAGCCUGAUAGCUGCUGCCAUAGCCGCCCUUAACAAAAGGCCUUGCUAAAUGGAUCAGAGUGGACCGAGCUAAAUGUAAAAUACUGUUUUAUCUGUCCUCGUGUGUGUUUCUUAUGUGUCUUGCUAUGUGUCGAGUGUACUGUGGUGGUCUUGGAGACGGUGCUGGGACAAUAAAGUCUAAGUCUAAAGUCAUGUGCACAGUGAUAAGAAGGGCAGCGAAGACUCCUGUUAGGAACAUUAACUGAAUUUAAUAUCAGAGAAGAUGUGGACAGAAUCAGAAGCAAGCAAAUCAAUUUGUAGAACUGGAUAACACAUACGUGCAACAUGUUGUAUACACGGGACACAAACACAUGUAUAUUGGAUGCAGAGCCAGGUCCAGAGUCUACUGAGGCCAUAGGCAAUAAUUUCAUGGACAAGAGAGAUGAACACACUGCUCUGUUAGUUAAAUUAAGUAAUUGUAAUUAGAUAAUGUGAUGAGAGAGAAUAUCUUGUGAAAGAAUUAAACCUCUGUAUUUUUCCAACAACCCCUCAAAUAAAGAAUUAAAUGAUUUAUGUGAUCCUG